CUAAUUUUUUUUAAUAGAGAGUAGUAGGCUUAUUGCACGGCGGCGAAAGAGAGAGGUUGACUACUACUACAAUGGCUGUUCCAAGAGGAGGCAAUGGCUCGAUGGAAGAAGACGAAGUUGACGGAGAUAACACUCUCUUCGAGGAAAACGGUGGUGACUACGACAGCGAUCCCGAGCUUCCCUCUCACAUCCGUGACUUGGCCGCCGCUGCUCAGUCCGGUGACGUUGCCGCCUUGCGCACCGCCAUCGACAAUUUGAAUGGGAGAGUCGAUGAGCCUCUUGAGGAUAAUGACUCAGCACUUCACUUGGCGUGUCUGUAUGGCCACCUACCUUGUGUUCAGCUUCUCCUAGAAAGAGGGGCUAAUAUGGAAGUCAAGGAUGAAGAUGAAGCAAUUCCUCUACAUGAUGCUUGUGCUGGAGGAUACUUGGAAAUAGUACAGCUUCUUUUUAGCCGAGCUAGUGGUCCUGAAUCUGUGAAGAGAAUGAUAGAAACAGCCGAUAUAGAAGGUGACACUCCUCUGCAUCAUGCAGCAAGAGGUGAGCAUGUUGAUGUGGUUAGGUUUUUGCUGGGUUCUGGUGCUUCACCAAGGACAGAAAACUCCUAUGGGAAGACAGCAGGCGAAUUAGCUGAUUUAAACACUGAUGCUAGGAGGAUCCUAGAAGAAGCUAUAAACAACUCAACAGUAUCCUAGUGAUGCUCUGCGAAAUCUGCAGAAUCCAUCGGCCAGUUUUGGCGAGCCAAUGAAGAGUAUUAGGGAAGGACUUAUAUAAAUGUUAACUUUUCUUAAUCCUAUUUUUUUGGUGGUUUUAUAUACAAAGGUUUCAAAACUGAUGCUUAUGGAUUAAGAAGGUCGUGUCUGUUUCAAUCAUGAAAUUAUGAGUGUUUUCGUUAAGCGUAUAGAGAGAGGCCUUAGAGGAACAAACUCU